AUGAAGCACAUUGUGCAGACUGAACUAAGGCAUAUGAAAGACAAAUGGCUUAGUCAAAAAGCCGAAGAAAUUCAGGGUUGUGCUGACAUCCACAACUCCAAAUGCUUUUACCAAGCCAUAAGAAUGCUGUAUGGACCUCAAUCUGCUGGUACAUCACCACUGCUCUCAAUUGAUGGAACCAAACUCAUUACUGACAAGCCUGGUUUUCUUGACAGGUGGGCAGAUCAUUUCAGUUCGGUCCUAUACAGGCCAUCUUCAGUCAGCAACGAUGCCAUAAAUCGUUUACCUCAGAUCCCAAUCAACACUGCACUUGACGACCCUCCAUCUGCCACUGAGACUCUGAAAGCAAUAAAGCAAAUGUCAACAGGCAAAACUCCCGGAGCCAAUGCUAUUCCAGCUGAGAUUUAUAAAUCUGCCGGACCACUGAUGACUCAGAAUUUGACCAAAAUGUUCCAGGCAAUGUGGAAAAUGAAACCUUACCACAGGACUUAA